AUGCCGAAGCGACCGCGUGAGCCUGGACCGCACGAGUGCCCCGAGUGUGGCAGACCCUUCAGCCGUGCCGGCAACCUCCAGAAGCACAUCCGCGAGGUGCACCGCGGCGAAAAGCCGCACGCCUGCCCGGAGUGCCCCGAGCGCUUCAGCCGUGUCAGUAACCUCCAGAAGCACGUCCGCGAGGUGCACCGGGGCGAAAAGCCGCACGCCUGCCCGGAGUGCCCCGAGCGCUUCAGCCGGGCCGACGACCUCCGGCGGCACGUCGCCGCGGUGCACCGCGGGGAGAAGCCGCACGCCUGCCCGGUGCACCGGGGCGAAAAGCCGCACGCCUGCCCGGAGUGCCCCGAGCGCUUCAGCCGGGCCGAGCACUUCCUGGAUCACAUCCGCGUCGUGCACCGCGGUGAAAGGCCUUUUGCGUGCGAGCAGUGCGAGGCCCGCUUCGGGUACAAACAUGAACUGAAACGGCACAUCGAGUGCCACCACACGGAGCGCGGGCAGCAGCGGCAGAAGAAGCGCGAGGAGGCGGUCGCGCGCUUCCUGACGCAGGCCGGCUACCCCUUCGAGCGCGAGGCGCGCGUGGCCUUCUGCUCCGCCCGCGACGCGCCGUGCCCGGGAGAGUCUCGCCCCGUGAACACGAGCCUGGCCCGCCUCGACUUCGUCCUUUACCGCCCCUGGGGCGUGUGCGUGAUCGAGGUGGACGAAUGCCAGCACGACCACAUGCCCCAGGCCUGCGAGACCGCUCGCAUGCUCAACGUCGCGGCGCAGCACGUGCAGCGCUCGCCGGGCGUGCCGCUGCGCUUCGUGCGCUACAAUCCCGACGCCUUCAAGAUCUGCGAAUGUAGUCCCAGGCUCGUGACCUCCCACCCGCGCUCCCGGAAGGCGCGGCCCACGGACCCCGACCCACAGCACGGCGACGCCGCCGGCCAGCGUCAGCGCGACGCACAGAAACUCCCCGAAGCUCACGGGGCUCUCGGUGCGUUCGCGGAGCAAGCACAUUUAUCUGUCUCGAUACAAAACCGGGAAGUCAUGACGAUUAUGCUGGGCAACAUUCUGACCAACAGCAAGGGCGGUCGCUAUAUCCCGCUGCGCACGGAGGGUGGCAGCGAUGUGCCCACAUGGAAGAGCGACUGGCUCAAAGUGAUUUGGAACCCAUCCUGCUACGGCGACCCCGAGGCGGUGCGCGUGUCCAUGUGCCUGGAGCCCGACGAGGCCGCCCGGGCCUUCUUCCGCGAAACGGAGGAGCUGGUGACCAAGGCGCUGUCGGAGCACUCUCAGCGCGACUCCCGCAUCUUCGGCAAGCCCCUGAAGCCCGAGGAAGUGAAGGAGCGCCUGACCAGCGCUGUCAAAACCAGCACCCGCGGCACGGAGUUCCUCAAGCUGAAAUUGAACUACGACAAGAUGCGCCUGUGGGGACCAGACGGCGAGGAGCUCCCUGUGCAGAAGUGGGACCUGCAAGGUUGCUUGUGUAAAGUCCACGUGGAGCUGCGCCAGGUCUGGCUGAUGAGCUCCCAGUGCGGCGUGCUGGCGGAGGUCACGGACGUGAUGCUGCAGCAGGCCGAGCCCCCCAAGCCGCAGUGCCCCUUUUAG